AUGCCGAGGUGGUGUCGUCGGUCAGCCCCCGUCCGACGUCGGCCAUGCGCUGGCAUCGUGCUCGACGUCCUGGUCCGCGUCAUCGCAUCCGGACGCUCUGCCGGCGACGAGGAGCAUCGUCAUCUUGGCACGCGCACCGCACGCCCCUCCAGCACACCAUCAGAGGGCGGUGCACGCCGCACGAUUCACACGUCGCCCCCCCGAAGCCUCACAUCACGGCUCCCGGUCGCUGCCGGCGUCGCCGUGGGAGGGCGAGGCCCAUGGGCGACGGGCAAGGCUUUUGGCGCGGCAUCUACCACCGCUCGCGGCAUGCGUCAUGGUCAUGGCACACCCUCCCUCCCUCUCGUCGCCGCCGAUUCCGUCAACUCUUGA